UCGAGCAUCCACUUUGUUGUGGCUAACAUUGUCUUGUUCGUCUCGCUUCCUACCAUACUGUAGUGCUCAGAAAGGGACACGGAGACACUGCUGUUUUAUAUAGGGUCAUUUAAACUGUUCGACAAGUCAAUGUCGGUCGUAACCUUUGAAAAACAAUUACUCGACGCGCAUGCUAACGUGAGGCUAACGCUCAUUUUCAGGGUCUCCAACCUACGUCGUCGUUCUCCACCAACCACCGGACCCGUAGAAUUCCGACUUGCGGUGAGCUGCCCCGCAAGGCUAUUGGCGGAGAGCUUGCCACGUGCAACAAUUCUUUCCGUUUCUUGACUGUACCUGGGUGCUUUUGACGCACGGGCGGCAGACAACCCGUACAGAGGGACAACGUGGAUGACAUCCAGAUGCGCUCCGCCUUGUAGAUCCAGUUUGUCAAGCUCCUGUUACAACCAGAGGUUUUCGCCCAAACCUUUCCCGAGGACUGACGUCAGCGCACCUCCGCCAUGGCGCUCAGGCCCACCUUCGAUAUCGACGCCCCGCGGUGGGACCAGACCACCUUCAUGGGGCGGCUCAAGCACUUCUUCAACAUCACCGACUGGAGGACGGCGCUCCUGCCCGACUCCCGCCUGGAUGAGGCCAAAGCCUUAGUGGAGCACUGCAGAGCUGGGUCGGUCCCACCGGGCACCACUGAGGAGCAACUCCACUACGCCAAAAAGCUGUACGACUCGGCUUUCCAUCCCGACACGGGCGACCGCAUGAACAUCAUCGGGCGCAUGUCCUUCCAGGUGCCCGGCGGCAUGGCCAUCACCGGCUGCAUGCUGCAGUUUUACAGGACAGUGCCUGCCGUAGUGUUCUGGCAGUGGGUUAAUCAGUCCUUCAACGCGCUGGUCAACUACACCAAUCGCAACGCCGCCUCACCAAUCACCCCAAAGCAGAUCGGCAUCGCCUACGUGACUGCCACCAGCACAGCCUUAGCUACGGCGGUGGGACUCAACCUUUACACAAAGAAAGCACCCCCACUGGUGGCACGAUGGGUCCCUUUCGCGGCUGUGGCGUCGGCCAACUGUGUCAACAUUCCCAUGAUGCGGCAACAGGAAAUCUUGAACGGCAUCGCUGUCACCGAUGAAAAUGGCAACAAGCUGGGCCACUCACGGAAAGCAGCGGUGAAAGGCAUCACGCAGGUGGUCAUCUCCAGGAUCACGAUGGCUGCGCCGGGAAUGAUCAUCCUCCCCAUCAUUAUGCAGCGGCUGGAAAAAUACAAGUUCAUGCAGAGAAUCACGUACCUCCACGGCCCCAUUCAAGUGAUGAUGGUGGGCGUCUUUUUGACCUUCAUGGUACCUGCGGCCUGCUCCCUGUUCCCACAGCGAUGCUCCAUUGCCGUCUCAAAGCUCGAGCCCGAACUCCGCGACUCCAUCACAUCCAAGUACGGCGACGCUGUGCGGUGCGUCUACUUCAACAAAGGCCUCUAAGAACUCCUCCCAACAGGACUCGACACAUACCCGUACUAGGUCUCUCCCCCCCCCCCCUCGUAUGAUUGCUCACGUCUAAAAAGGUGCUUAUUAUGUAGAACUAUUCCGUCUACGUCGGGACGUUCUGAUGAAUGCUUUGUAAUUCUGCUGUGAUGAUUUCCGUUUCUCUCUCAUUACAAACCAAAUCUCUUCUCAGGUAUUUUCUUUUUAGGCCUCCGAGCAAGGAGCUGAACAAAAUAGGUCCUGGUACUUUGGGGAUUUAAAAAAAAAUUUUUUAAACAUUCACGUGCCUUGGAUAACCUCUCUGCAGCAUUAAGGCUCCCUGGUAUGUUCUCAAAACAUAAACUUGUAUACACGGUUAAAGCUGGACGAAUGACGCUGCUCAUUUAAAAAAAUAUGGGAGUGGUGCGAUAAAGGCCCGCAAAAUGGAGGACGUAACAGACUCGGGUUUGCAUGAUUCAACUGUAACUGUGUAAUAAAGAUGGUACAAUCCUGAAGAUA